GCGCCCAAAUCAUGCUAACUGCUAACCUAUGGACAAAAGCAGGGUUAGUUAAUGGAGCGAUAGGAAUUGUUCAAGAUAUUCUAUUUGAAGAUCAAGGGCCGCCUUCUUUGCCUGUAGCAGUUUUAAUUUCCUUUGAACAUUAUAAAGGCCCCACUAUUACUGCUUCAGAUGGAAAGAAAGUUGUUCCAAUUGCACCAAUCCAGCGUACAUGGGAAGGUAAGGUUGGAAUGUGCUCACGUUUACAAGUUCCUGUCUGUCUUGCGUGGGCCAUUACUGUGCACAAAAGUCAGGGUCUUACCUUGCCGCAGGCUAUAGUAGACUUUGGUAAUAAAGAAUUUGCUGCCGGUCUUUCAUUUGUGGCAGUAUCCAGGGUUCGUGCUCUCAACGAUCUAAUUUUUAAGCCGUUCACUUUUGAAAGACUCCAGCGUAUAAAAAACUGUAGGCGAAUACAAGAAAGAAAGGCCGAAGAAGAACGGUUGAUCUCAUUAAGUAAUUGUUAA